AUGGCGGACGAAGUGAAAAUUAUUAUUGCAACAAUUGUCGCAAACGAACUAGCCGAAACCGAUGAAAUAACGAAUACAAUUAUUCAAAUGGAAGGUACGUCAGAUCUUGACGAAAUGAAUGAAGUAAUUAUUAAUUUUAAUCAAAGAAAUGGACUAUUAUCGUCCGUUAAAAUGUAUUCGAAAUCUACUAUACCAACGUAUGAUGAUUUCACAUUCCGAAGUCAUUUUAGAAUGAGUAGACAUUCAAUCCAAAAACUUCUAGAAUUUGUUCAAGACGAUCUUCAAACUUCUGAAACAGAUGGCGUAGGGAAGAAUUUAACAACAAUCCCAGUUAUUAAAAAAAUUCUCAUAACUGUAUGGUAUCUUGCCAAUCAAGAAAGUUAUAGACAAAUUGCGGACAGAUUUGGGGUAUGGAAAAGUACUGCUCAUUAUAUAAUUUCUGCUACUAUUAAGGCAAUUGCAUCACAUCAGCACGAUUUCAUACAAUGGCCAGAAUCUCAUCAAUACAAGUCAAUUGCAAAUGAUUUUGAAUCAAAAAGACACUUUCCAGGAGUUAUAGGUGCCAUAGAUGGUACAUAUAUACACUGCAAACCUCCAAUGAAUGGUAGGAAUGCUUUUGUCAAUCGCAAAGGUGAUCCGUCUAUUAUUCUCCAAGCAGUCUGUAAUUCAAAUAAAGUAUUUUUGGAUGUAUUUGCAGAUCGAGCAGGUUCUACACAUGAUGCUCGUGUAUUUCGCAUCAGUCCUCUUGGUCAAAGAUUAGCAAAUGAUCCUAACUUUAUACCCUCAGAUUACCAUUUACUUGGUGAUUCUGCUUAUCCAUGUACAGUUAAUUUAUUGACACCUUUUAGAGACAAUGGUCAUUUAUCUCCACAAGAAAAACAUUACAAUUAUGUACACAGCUCAACGCGUGUAGUUAUUGAACAAGCAUUUGGUAUUUUAAAGGCAAAAUUUCGCAGACUUAAAUAUAUAGACAAAACACGCAUUGACUUAGUC